UAUGCUUUUGUUGUUAUUCUUUUUUCAAUAUUUCGGGUGUGUAAACAGAAGAAUUUCCGUUAAGCUUAUCGAAUAUAUCAAAUUGUUUAAUACGAAACAAUAAUAAACAUGGAAAAAGAAUCAAUACCAUUGUUUUCAUCGACACCCGCGGAAAACAAUAACACUUGCUCUGACGCUGCUAAUGCUAACGACAAUACAAAUUGUGUUAGUUCCUCUUCUAACUUUUCAUCAUUUAAUCUACAUAUAACAGCUUGCUCUUCACCUUAUACGCCAAGUGUAAACAGUUGUAUCAGACAACCGAGUAAUAGAAACAACCACCACCAACACCACAACGGUCACAAUCAUUUGCGGGGCAAAUUAGACGGUAGAAAUCUAUUUAAUACAGAACAUUUUAAGGCCAACAAACUAAGCAAUUUGGGCGUAUUGCUGGACAAACGUUUAAUUGCACUCUUGGUGUUAUUUGUCAGUAUAAUAGUAUUCUAUAAAAUGGUUAUUGUCACAAUGCCCUAUGCCAAUUCAGAAAGUCUAAUCGAUUUGAAGAAAUUAGCUGAAAGUCGUUAUCGUGAUGCCAUAGAUUGGGCCACCGAGCACAAUGUUGACAGUAUUAUUCAGCCCUUAUUAUGUGGCUUAGUUAUAGCCAUAUUUGGCUAUACAUUAGUGUAUUUAGAUAGUAAUAUUCCGGGCAUAAGUCCACCAUCACCAUUUUCACCACGCAAAAAGUUACAUUAUUACCAACAAAAAAGCAGCAUUCACUUGGGAUAUUUAACUGCCUUAGCCGUGGGUAUUGUCAUAGGAGUUCUCAUGUAUUUAGAGGUCUAAAUAUGUUAUAAAUGAUGAGCUUAAUUUUUAGAAAUACCCAUACAUAUUAUAAUUAUUAUUUAUUUAAAAUCAAACAAUUUAUAAUGCUAUAUUUUCUUUUUAAUUUUACAUUUUUAACUUCUAUUAAGAAUUGAAAAUAGGCACAAUCA